UUUUUUUUUUUUUUUUUUUUGAGACUGGGUUUCUCUGUGUAACAGUCCUGGAGCUUGCCUUGAAUUCACAGAGAUCUGCCUGCCUCUGCCUCUCCAGUGCUGGGAUUAAAAGUGUGCACCCACCACUGCCCAGCUCUGGAAACCAUCUUUAAUAUGUACAUCCUUUUUGAAAAAAAUUAUCUGUGUGUAUGUGUGCCCUCAUGAAUUUAUGUGCAUGACAUAUGUGCAGGUGCCUGAGGAGGACAGAAGAGAGUACUGGAUGCAGAUGGGUGUUGGGAAUGGGACCUGAGUCCUUGGUGAAAGCAGUAAAUGUGGUGAUAUAUUGUGUACCCUAAUAAACUCGCCUGAGGAUCAAAGGAUAGAGCCAGCCACUAGAUUAGACAUGGAGGUCAGGCAGUGGUGGCACACACCCUUAAUCCUGUCACUCGGGAGGCAGAGAUCUGUCUGGAUCUCUGUGAGUUCUAGGCCACACUGGAAACAGAGCCAGGCAGUGGUGGCACACGCCUUUAAUCCCGGGAAGUGAUGGCAGGGCGGAGAAAGGUAUAUAAGGCAUGAACAAAUAGGAACUCACUCUUUUUAGGCUGAGGAUUUCAUAGAGGUAAGAACUAGUUAGUGGCUGGCUGUUCUGCGUCUCUGAUCUUUCAGCUUUUACCUUGAUAUCAGGCUCUGGGUUUUUUUGUUUUUUUUUUUAAUUAAAAGACCAUCUAAGAUUUGAACAAGUAAGCACUAAAAUUUGGAAUCUCAGUGCGUGCACUCUUGAAAAACCUGCAACUACAGGGCUGGAGAGAUAUCCCUGUAGUUAAGAGCCCUUGUGUGAUCAUGAGGGUUGGGUUUAGAUUUUAGCAUCACAUCACAAGGUGAGUCUACGUACCUGGCAUACACACGAGCAACAGCACACACAAAUAAAUAAACCUUUAAGAAUAACCUGGAACUACUUUCUAGUUCUUUCAAUGAAGAAUUUCAAUGGGAAUUUGUCUCACCUGUCCUAGGGACUGCUCAGCUGGUCAGGCCUGGCGGCAAGUACACUUACCUGCUGAGCCAGGUAUCUCCCCAGCUUGGAAUUGAAGUCUUUAGUAAUAAUAAGCCCCAACUUUCUGGUGAGUCUGCAAGACCUGAUUGCGACUUUUGGAAACCUUAAAUGCUCCCCAGCACUUUCAAUCUUACACUGGAGGGGCUGGGGAGAUGGCUCUGUGGUAAAGUCCUAAUUGCCAAGCCCGAGGACACAAGUUCCCUCCCCGGUAUCGACAUGAUAGAAGGAGAAAACCAAUUCCUGCAAGCUGUCCUGACCUCCACAAGCACAUACUCCACAAACAACCCCCCAACCCCGCACACUUGCUCAAUAAAUGUAAAAUAAAAAAGGAAUCAGACUUGGUUAAGGGUACUUCGACUGCGUUUGUCUCUUCUACUAUUAAAAAUAGGAUUUGCAAGCCCACAGUGUUUGCUGUAACACACUAUCAGAAAUAGUCAAUAAACACUAGUUGGAUUAGUUUUUAAACAAUCAUGGAAAAUGAAAACAGACUUGCUGAGUAUGAUGACUGCAAUUCUAUCUGAACCUACUGGUCUUUGGAAGUAUUGUUUUCACUUCUACAUAUCCAUCAAAACUAAAGGAUCCCGGGGCCAGCAGGAUGGCUCAGUAGGUACAGGCAGUUGCCAUUAAGCCUGGUGACCUGAGCUCCUGAAAGGUGUUCUCUGACCUCAACCUCCCCAUACUUGAUUUGUCUGUACCCAAAUAAAUAAAUAAAUGUAACUAAAAAAAAAAAAAAAAAAAGAGCGGGCAGUGGUGGCACACACCUUUAAUCUCAUCAUCAGGAGGUAGAGGUAGGUGGAUCUCUUCGGUUCCAGGACAGCCAGGGCUACACAGAGAAACCCUGUGUUGUGUGUGUGUGUGUGUGGCAGGGGGGGAGGGGGUUAUUAAAAAAAAAAACACCCAAAAACAUGCUAGGGAAACGCUCUUAAUACUGAGCCAAUACUUUUAAACUAGGAGAGCAUUUAUAAUUACAUGGUUUUUACUUAAAAAAAUACUCUGAUUAGAUUUGGUAGAAAUGGGAUCGUGUACAUGUACUAACAUAAAAAUUAUCUUUCAGUGAUAAUAUAACAUACUGGUCCUUAUAGAGCCGCCGCGGGGCCGCGCUCCGACAAGACAACAUGGCGGCGGCGCUGCUGUUGGCUUUGGGCUUCGCGCUCCUGGGCGGCCAAGGCGCCUGCGCUGCGGCGGGCACCAUCUUAACCUCCAUCAACGACGACGGCUCCAAGACAUACCUUACGUGCUCUCUGAACAGCAGUGGCGUCGACAUUGUUGGCCACCGCUGGGUGAGAGGUGGCAAGGUACUUCAGGAGGACACGCUACCUGACCUGCAGAUGCAGUACACGGUGGACACAGACGACAGCUCUGGGGAAUAUUCCUGCAUCUUCCUUCCCGAGCCCGCCGGCAGGGGUGACAUCCUUGUGGAAGGACCACCCCGGAUCAAGGUGGGAAAGAAGUCGGAGCAUGCCAGUGAGGGAGAGAAUGUGAAACUGGUCUGCAAGUCUGACUCAUCCCACCCUCCUAUCACUCAGUGGACCUGGUUUAAGACCUCUGACUCUGGAGACCAGCUGAUCACCAAUGGCUCUGAGAGCAAGUACGUCGUGAUAUCCACAGCGGAGAGAUCUGAGCUGACCAUCAGCAACCUGGACAUGAAUAGCGACCCUGGCACCUACAUGUGUAACGCCACCAACCCCCAGGGCACUGUCCAGGAGAGGAUCACACUGCGUGUGCGAAGCCGCCUGGCUGCCCUCUGGCCCUUCCUGGGCAUUGUAGCUGAGGUCCUGGUGUUGAUCACUAUCAUCUUCACUUAUGAGAAGCGACGGAAGCCCGACCAGAUCCUGGACGAGGAUGACCCUGGUGCUGCCCCACUGAAGGGCGCCGAGCAUCACACCAAGGACAAGGACAAAAUUUGA